UGCUGAUCAGUGUUUUAUAUAUAUAGUCUAAACUCUAAACCAUAAUCAUAUUUUUUCAUGAGUUGUUGCACUAACAAAAUGACAGAGAGAAAUCCAAUAGCAGCAAAUUCAUCAUCACCUGACAGUGAUUUUAGCAACCAAUGGUGUUUGGAACUCUCCGACUACAUGAAUUUAGAUGAUCACAACCAAUGGUUACAAAUUGAUCCUACAAUUGAACAGUCUUUUGUUUAUCAGGCUAAUGAAGCAGGUGGCAGCCACAUUAAUGAAGGAUCUUCUAGUUCUACUAGAGAUACUAAUACCACUACUAUGAGUGUUAAAGAGAGAGUUGCAUUCAAAACAAAGUCAGAGAUUGAAGUACUUGAUGAUGGUUAUAGAUGGAGGAAAUAUGGAAAGAAAAUGGUCAAGAAUAGCCCCAAUCCAAGGAACUAUUAUAGGUGUUCAGUAGAGGGAUGUCCUGUUAAAAAGAGAGUUGAAAGAGAUAAAGAUGAUAUAAAGUAUGUGAUAACAACCUAUGAAGGCAUGCACACCCACCCAAAUUCUUGCUAGCUCCAAUAUUAUAUGUGAAAGUUUUGAUAGUACGAUGAUAUGAUGCCCAUGGUGCUGCAUGUGCUCUUAUGAAUGUUACUAUGUAUUUCAAUUUUCAACAUGAUAUUGGAUGUAAAUGUCCAACAAUGCUUGUGUUGGCAUAGUAACUGCUGAUGUACAAUUUACCUUAAAAAGGGGGGUUUGAAUAAGAAUAUGCAGCAAAUAUAUCAAUUCCUUUUGAUGGAAGAGAACCACCAACCUUAUUUAGGAUUUACAACAGAAUUUAUGUAUAAUCUACUUUCUUCUUUUAUUUUAAUGGUAAAUUGUUAGUUGUUAGGA